UCUAAUUGUGGGUGUGUCCAGAGCUAUAAGUGCCUUCGCUCUUACCUGUGUUACUUAUAUCCCUGCAUGAGGCUCAGAACAGACACACACACCUGUCAGUCCACACACCUGCCCUGCUCUCCAGAAGCUGCACUCUCUGCUCUACGUCUUCAGGCUGCCAUCCAGAUGUCUCCGUGCAUGACCUCACAUUUCUGCCUGCUGGUCCUACCAGUGAUGUCACUGCUACUGCUCUUCUCUUCCAUUGGUUGGAGUUACGAUGGCCUCACCCCAGGGUGUCACCUACACCCCUUCAACGUGACCAUCCGCAGUGACCGUCGUGGCACAUGUAAAGGCACCCACCUGGUCUACGCCUGCGUUGGCUACUGCGAGUCCAGCGCGUUCCCGUCCAGAUACUCCGUGCUGGUGGCCUCCAACUUCACCCACAACAUCACCUCCGCUUCACGAUGCUGCACCAUCAGCAAGGACGCUAAGGUCAAAGUUCGCUUGGACUGCCCUCGAGGUCGCCACCAUGACGAAAUAGAGAUCCUGACGGCGAAGGCGUGUCGCUGUGACAUGUGCCGCAAGUCCCGCUACUGACGCAUCCAGACAGUAUGCUGCAACUGUACACCGGGACAAGAACCAUAUUUAGUCAGUUGAGCGGUACAAACUCUGGUAAAUGAUUGAAAUACAAGACUUUCAGUGAUGCACCAGUAACUAUGCUUUUUCUCUCUAUGUCGACUUGUUUUGAAUGUUGAAGAAAAUCCACUUUAACUUAUUUAACUGAAAAAGAAUCAGCUUUCUACCGAGUUUCUGUCAAAAGCAGUGUUUCCUCUCAUUUGUGUUCUCAAAGAAUGAAAGGAAGGUGGACGGAAACCGAUCAAAAGAUGGAAAGGUCUUUGCAGAUCUACCAUGUGACUAAGAUUUUCAACUAAAAUCAAGUGAAAUUCAUUCAGGCAGAGUAAAAACUGCUCUGAUCAGUCACCCAGGGCCUUAAGAUUCAAAUUAAAAUGGGAAAAUCACACUUUUUGAUGUCUAUAAUGAUUUGCGUGAGUGUUUGUUUGUGUGUGCUUGUGUCAAAUGUGAUGUAAGGGAGGUUUUUUGUAGAAAACUUGAUUGAUGCACAUGUGUUUAACGGCUGUAUAAACCAUUCCGUCACUCACAAACAAACUGUUAAAUGCUUUUGCUUUUAGGCUUGAAAUAUGCCAAAAUGAAUGAGAGCAUUACAUUACAGCUAAGUCAUCUCAUUGACUUGUAUUCAACAAAAAAAGUCAAUAUACUGUCAACCUUUGGAAUCAACAUAAAGGGUAUAUAUACGAGUAGUUUCAUUCUUUUGCAAUAACCACUAAACACAGACAAGAGACCAAAGAAUGUACAAAAUUUAUUUAUAUUUAUGAAUUUGAACUAA